AUGGCUAAUUACCUUGUGCCUUUCUAUGAAUCCCAAAUUGAAAUUACUGUCACCAAAGAAGCAACAAUUGUUGAUCAUUGGAUUCUGCAAACUGUGCACACGCCUCGUCGUAGACUCCACAAACUCCUUAUCGGUCUGAAUAUCAAAUGGCUCCCGUGUUCUAAACCCGAGGACGAGGACGAGCACUCAGUUGCUCUUCUCCAGCUCUGCGUUGGCGAUCGUUGCCUAAUAUUUCAACUCCUUCACAGAGAUUUCAUUCCUCAAAGUUUCAUAGACUUUCUCAUUGACCCAAAUAACACGUUCGUUGGUAUUGGAGUUGAGGGAGAUGUUGAGAAGUUGUUAUGUGAUCACGGGUUGUACGUAGCGAAUACUGUUGAUUUGAACAAACUGGCAUUGUUGACUUACGAAGAAGAAGUGUAUGGAAAGAUGGGUUUGAAAAGAAUGGCAAAAGCAGUACUUGGAAAAGUAAUGGAAAAGCCAGAGGAUGUUACUUUGAGUAAGUGGGAUGCUGAGAAUUUGAGCUGUGAACAAAUUGAAUAUGGUGCUAUUGAUGUUUUUGUGUCGUUUGAAUUAGGGAAGAAUUUGUUUAAUAUACUGUCGAACAGAGAUAGCCGUCGCGUUAAGUUUCAGCCAUGGCUGCUGCUAAAAGAGACGUUGAUGAGGUUGCAAAAUCUUGCUCUUGAUUUGAAUCUGAAAUAA